AUUUUUUAAACCAUAAACAGAAUCUGGAAGUGGUGAAGGGGCUACUUCCACGGACAGAGGAGGAGGCAUUUGUGAGGACAAUAUCUUACAAUGGUGUGGAGAACCUGGUUGAUGAUGUUGUGGAUGACACAGAGGCUGAGGCAGGUAGUCAGGUACCAGAGACUCAGGUCCCAGACACUCAGGAAAGAGACACUCAGGCCACUGGUUCAGAACCUCAGCCCAGUGCACCAUCUUCAUCAGGCGUUCGGGGUGCCGAGUACACUGAUUUAGUGGCUCGGUUGGAUAGGAUCGAGGCUGACACUCAGGGUCUGUAUGCUGCUCAUGUCGAGCUGAAGAAGGCAUACGAGACCAGCCAUGUAGAGCUGAAGGGUGGUCAGAACGUAAUUAUGGAGCAGCUCAGACACAUAUUGGCCAUGUUGAAUCGUCCGCCAACGACAGCUUCAGCACCGGAGGCCCCAGCAGAUCCAUCUACCCCACCGCCAGCUGCUUCACCCCCAGUAGAAGAGGAUGAGGUCUUCCCCGACGAUUACGAUCCUUAUGAGGGAGCUCCAGCGACUCCGAUCGAGGCACAACCUCUUAUCCAUGUACAUGACACCGAGUCCCAGGGUGAGAUUCUGUCCAUAGAGGCACAACCUGUAGUGGUUAAGAGUCGGAAGAGGAAGAGAAAGCCUCCUGUAUGGUUCGGUGACUAUACGGAGAUGAAGAGGAGACAUAGGCCAUCUUCGACUUUUGAUCCCCUGGAGCCACCGGAUGAGAAAUUGUUAACCACUUUCCGAUAGUGGUGUG